AUGUACUUGGCAUUCUACAUCAUCCGCGUCUCACAUGCCACCCUCGUCAAACCUACCAUCAGACGCAGUGAAGUGGUGUUCUCCACGCAGCAACCCGCAAUUAGCUCUCCAGAUCGCAAUUACGCAUGGGCAACGAAAUCGACGACGCUCCCUCAAGAUCCCUCCACGCACGUUACAUUUGACGUGGCGAUUGAGAAAAGGAACGGAAACUAUAUCGACGGAUGUGAGAUUCACUGGGACGUUCACAAGGCCAAUACGAGAGUGACUGAGCUCGCGGUGAAGGAGUUGAAGGAUGUUAUGGAUAUGGGGUUGGAGUAUGAGUUUGAGUGUCGGUGGAGGAAAGACGAGACGAGUGCAGCUGCGCACUUGCGAUUACCGGUCACGAAGCGAUUUGUAUCCUUUCAGAUUCUAACGAUGGAUGUUGAUGCAUAG